UGUCCAACCUGUUAUUUCUUUCCCACUCAUCCCCCUCACACACGACGUACAUAAUAGAGCAAAGAAUAAAGUUGUCAUCACUGCCAAUUUCACCACCAUGCCUAACAAGACUGAGUCGUACAAACUCCGCCCUCUGGGCUGGGAGAAGGACGCGGACGAGGAGCGGAUACACACGACCUCGCUGGACUACCUCGCAGCCAUGACGUACAACUCGUACGCCAUCUACUUCAGGCUCGAGGACAGCGAGCGGCCCAAGGUGGUCGAGGCGCUCAAGGCUGGCCUUGAGAGGACCCUGUCCCAGUGCCUGCACCUCGUGGGCAGGCUGGAGAAGAAUGACGACGACGAUGACCACUCGUUCGUCAAGAGGAAGGAUGACACGGUGGACUUUUUGGUCGAGUACUGGGAUGACGCUCCCGACGUGCCAUCCUUUGACGAGCUUGAACAGGUCCAUUUCGCGACCAAGAACCUCGGCGAUACUGUGCGAUUUAGCACUCCCGGCAUGGAGUAUGGCGAGAAGCCAGAGUGCCAUCCCGACAGGAAACCGGUGCUGUCGGCCUUCAAGGCCAACUUUAUACGCGGAGGACUCCUUUUCGUCAUGAACCACCACCACUACUGCCAGGACAUCAUGGGCUGGGUCUGGAGCGCGCGGCAGCUGGCGGGCAACUGCGCGGCGGCCAUGAACGGCACGGCCCCUCCGCCUUGGGACCCGGCGGCCAUAACGGACGGGAAGCGCUUCACGGCCAACCUCGCGUCGGCGCAAAAGGUGGACGGACCAAAGCCACCGGAGCGUCACCCGGACCUCAAGCCGGCGUCGUCUGUGCUCUUCCACCUGCCGAGGAGCAAGGCCGAGGAGCUCAAGAAGCUGGCCAUGCCGACGGACCCGUCCAAGCAGUGGAUCUCGACGUACGACGCCUUCACGGCGCUGCUGUGGCGGCUGGUCACCAAGCACCGGCGGGGGCUGUACGGCUCCAGGGACGAGGACGCGCCGCUGCUGGCCGAGGCCAUCAACUUCCGCCUCGCCGGCCGGCUGAGCCCGCCCGUGGCCGAAAAGUACCAGCGCAACCUCUUCUUCGCCGCCGCGUCCGCGAGCCUGCCCGAGCAGCUCACCACGGCCCAGGUGGCCGAGACGGCGCCGCUGUACGAGCUCGCGGCCAAGAUCCGGACCAUGACCCAGAGCAUGACGCAGCCGGCGCUCGAGGCCACGCUGGCGCAGCUGGCCGUCGUGCGCGACAAGACGUGCCUCUUCACGCGCGUCAACUCCUUCCCGCCCCUGACCAUUGUCACCACCGACUGGCGCGAGGCCGAGCUCGACAGCUAUGACUUUGGCUUCGGCAGGCCCCGCGCCUACCGCCACCUGUUCCCCGUCGUCACCGAGAACCUGCUCCUCAUCUUCCCGCGUCGGGCCGCGGGGCCGCUGGGCGAGGACGAGGGCCCCGAGUUUGCCUUGUCCCUCGAGAACGAGAUCCUCGACGCCUUCUUGAAGGACCCCAAGUUCAAAAAGUACUUUGAGUUUAGGGGCUUUGAGCUCGAGACCAAAUGAACAACAAGACAGAAUUGAGUAGGGGCAGAGCCUGUCAUGGGAGGAUGGGCUUUGGUGUUGACUUUGGCGUUAACUCGAGCGAGUAUUGUACAUGCUCCGAUGGUCUACAAUCAAUUGGCUUAUGUGUGGUACGAUAAUUCCAGUUCAUCCCUUUGUAAAAGCGCACAUUUGCAACGAUGUGCAACGUCAACCAAUGCUCGAAUAAUCAAGACAUCCCAAAAGAGAGCAAUACUACCUGAAGCAUUCAGGGGCAAUUGGACAGAAAAAAAAAAAAAAAAAAAAAAAAAAAAAAAAAAAAGUGCCAAUCAAUGCUCUCCUCCGUCCACUGUAGAAACGGUCUAGCAUUGCUGGCAGGGGGUUCAAUCCUUCGACUUGCUACGAUGCGAGGGACCUUGUGUGGUUGCCUGGCGAUACCACGUAAAAAGCAGGGGUCAUCUCAAAAAUUACACCGAGUGCGGGAAUAGGCGCUUCACGGACGGGAUCUGCGUGGUCUCACCUUCCGUCAAACGGCCCCGGCCAGGGGGGGUUGGUAGGAGAAUUCCUCACAAAGUAGAAGAUCUUCGAUUAGCCCUAACCUGCUCUGCAUGGUUCCCAUGCCUAUCCUUGUCCUAAUUCCUUUUUCUUUUUUUUUCUUUUUCUCCAAGCGUGGUACGGAGUUCAGCAGCACAAAACACUGUUCCGGGGCUCCGUUGCUACAAGGAAAUAGUGACAGGGGUUAAAACUGAGUUUCGGUAAAUACAGGCGGCAGAGGCGUCAUAUCAUUACACAUUGAGCACCUAGCUUCAAAAGAGACUGGUUAGUGGUUACGCAUUUCUACGGGACGUGGGAUGGAUGUGUCAAAAGGUUCGGUCGACCGCGAGUAAAAUAACCACUGGCAAUACGGGUAAUGAGUAGCUUUCCGGGAGAAUGUUCAAACAUGGUUUGGUAUAUAACAUCUAUUCUGGGAUUAAUUGGCAAACUCGGCCACACUGUCGACAACAAUAAUCUGAUCCUGAUCCUGAUCCUGUUUUUGUGCCCUCCAUUUCAUAAAAAAAAACCUGCUUUUGUCCGCUGCACAAAAAAACACAUGAUACUUUUUUUUUGUUU